AUGACUCAGAAGGUUCAUGUCGGCUUCACCGAUACAGAGAGUAGACCAACUCUGAGGCAAAAGACUGCUUUGGACACAUUAGAUGUCGUCGGCGAAGACGAUGAACGAUGCUUCGGUGGACUUACUGGAAAGAAGCAGCUACGAUCACUUGGUCACCUGGGUCCCAUUGAAGAUGAAAACCAAGGAGAAGACCGACCAAAGAAAGGAGCUGCUGCUGCUAGGUUCCCACGAGCCGCAGUCAAAAUUCUGAAGGAUUGGAUGCUGGAACAUAUUGACCACCCCUAUCCUACCGAUGAGGACAAGGAGCUGUUAAAGGAACAGACUGGACUAUCACUAGGCCAGAUCUCCAACUGGAUGGCAAACACGAGGCGAAGGCAGAAAGCACGACCCAAGCGAAGUGCAUCACCCAGCAUUCGACCUUCGACUGAAGCGAUCAACAUUCCAGCUGGAAGAACCUGGGAGUCUCUUAAUCCCUUCGAGCGAUGGAAACACUCUCCUCCCGAGAACGAACCUGCACCGAUGAACGCUAUCGCACAGGCUGUCGAAACCUUUGAUCUGCCUGCGUCGGCCAGCACCAGCACGAGCUAUCGCAACGACACCUCGAACGACAGCAAUGGCAGCUUUUCCAUCUUCAGGGCGCCUUCAAUCUCAUCCUUGGAGACAACAGCCACAGCCAUGUCCUCUGGGUCUCUGGGGUCUCACAAUUCAGCAUACUCGUAUGGCUCACGACUCUCGCUCGGCUCGAUGAACAGCCUGAAAUCAAAGGAAAGGCGCCGGCGACGAAGACUUCCCACACGUGCACCAAGGUUGGACGCGAACGAGUCCCCUCGUCUGUUCCAAUGCACGUUCUGUACCGAUCGAUUCAAGUCCAAGUACGACUGGUCGCGUCACGAGAAAAGCCUGCAUCUUUCACUGGAAAAGUGGAUAUGCGCGCCCUUGGGGAAGGUUAUUGUUGAUAAGGCUACUGGUAAGCGCAAAUGUGUCUACUGCGACGACCUGGAGCCCAGUGAGGAGCACUUGGCUUCGCACCACCACAGCGCUUGCGAAGAGAAGGGCCUUGAAUCUCGAACGUUCUACAGGAAAGAUCAUCUUAGGCAACAUUUGAGGCUUAUGCACGAAUGCAAGAUGACGCCCAGCAUGGAGACUUGGAAGUCUGAAGCGCAAUAUAUCAAAUCUCGCUGCGGCUUUUGCCAGAUGAGCUUCGAUAAAUGGCAAGAUCGUGUCGACCAUCUAGCCAAGGAGUUCCGCGGUGGCGCAGAUAUGAAGAACUGGAAGGGGUGUCGAGGACUUGACGCUCAUGUAGCGAUUCAUGUCACGAACGCAAUGCCGCCAUAUCUCAUUGCGAAUGAGAGCAAAUCUCCGUUUCCAUUCUCCGCAAGCAACUCAUCAAGCCUACAGGAUAACGCAGAGGUCAACCGCAUCGGACCUAUCGUUCUCACAACAUCAAAGAUGUUUGCUGACAACAACUCAACGGGGGAGAAUCCUAAUGCCACAUGCUGGGAGAUCCUCACGCUAAGACUUGGACGAUUUGCCCGCGAGCAUAUUGCGAAGCACGGUGCAAACUCUAUCACGGAUGACAUGUUACAACGAGAGGCACGAUUGAUCCUGUACAACGACGCAGAUGGCUGGGAUCAAACCGCAGCCGACAAUCCGGAAUGGCUGACUUUGUUCAAGAAAGCGCACGGCAUCGAUGCGAGUGCGACUGCUUGCGUCCAAGAUGUCAUUGCGCAGCAUGACCUCUACGAAGACCUUGGCCUGCACACCAAUAGCGUCCUUGACCCAAGCUUCAACCUCAGCAAUUUUCGCUGUCUAGACAUCGUCGAAGACCACCCCAAUCGCUUCUUGGCCAUGCAGUGCUCGCUAUCAGGCAGUGUCCGCGUCAUUGGCGAUGCAAUGCGUGAAGCAGACAUUCGUCGAUCUACCCAGAGUACUCCUGGUCUUUCUGGCUCGAACUCGCCGACGUCGUUGCUUUCGCAGGCACCGUUGGUGGAGAUCUCGCCGGAUGCGUCUCUCAAUAUGAGCAAUACGGCAAUUGGAGAAUCAGCGAAUCUUGGUCUGGUGUCGUUUGACACCGCUUUUUCGAUGCCCCCAAUCAGCGAGAAGAUGUGCAACGAGCAGGGCGAAGAAAUUGUUCAGGACACGACAGACUUCCAGUUCCCUAGCUGGGACCAAUUACCAGAAGAGUUCCAGAACCCGACCAGCAGCGCGGACCUUAGUUCAACCAUUCCGAUCAGCACAACUAGCUUCAGUGUGCCGAAUGUAGAGAGCAGCACUGACGAAUUUAUGGCGUGGGAUAACGAAGAGAUGAAUUUUACGAUGGACAUGGAUUUGGACCUGGACAUGGAUCUCAAUGCGUUUUGA